AUGGAUAUACUAGGUUCCGUCCAUGUGGACACUGUUGAUGGAGAGGGAGAACCGCCGUCCAUUCUCCCGUCUGCGGCCGACGAAGCACGCCUCAUGGCCCGGGAAGAGCGCAUACGCCACUACGAGACCAUCCUCAUCUUCUGCGGCAGUCACUGCGGCUUCUGCCUUGUACAGGCCCUCAUCGCAGGCAGGCAAGCCCCCACCCCCAAGAUGGCCCACGACAUCAACAUAUGCCCUGGCCUCAGCCAAGAAGAGCGCCUGGGGUUUUACUCCCUGCGAAGGGCCAUCCGUUACACGCACGGACACCACCUCUGCUACCGCUGCCACAUCUCGGCAAUGGGAAUGAACCGACUGCACCCUGACUUUGUGCGUGGGGGGCACCCGCACGCACGGGUUGGGCUCCCCCUCGCGUGGGCCGUCUGGCGCGACCCGGAGUUGAAGGCGGCGGCGUUCGGCGAUCUGGUUCAGUCCUCGCCCCUCGCGAUGUCACGCGGCCAUAGCUGGGCCACCAUUGACGGGUUCAGGGCGUGGAUCGAGGACAAGGACGCUACGGAGGAGCCGUCGAGCGUCAUGGCGCUGAUGGACUUUGUGUACAGGCGUUUUAUGUAG